UCCAAGUCCAAGUCCAGGUCCAAGCAAGUCCGUCCAACCAACCAACCUCCACUAAGACUAAACUUGACUUAUCUUUUGGCCUUCCUUUCUUCUGCCUUAAGGCUUAUCCUCCCCAGGAACCCCCCUCCUGCCCAACCUUUUCCUUGCUUGUCCCUCCUCGUCCCCUUGUAGCAAAAAAAUCUCUUGGCCCAUUCAAGACUUUCUACCUGCAUCGCCGGACUCGUUCUUUUUUUCCCACCGGUCGAGGGUUGUGAUGAUUUGAUAUUUCUCUCCUUCAACAUCCAUCCACUCGUUGCAAUUUUACAUCCGACCGAGACUGUACAGGUACAGACAAAGGCUCAAAUCUCACAUAAUGGCUGUCGCUCUUCCGAGGCGAUUUUACUCGCUACUCUGGGUCGCAAUCCUCCUUGCGCUCGUUGUCUUCUUCAUCUUCCUCCGCGAAGACACCUGGUCUUCAAUUCCUCGACCUCCCAGCGGCUGGAAGAUUCCUUUCACCACAGACGAUGGCGUUCUUUCAUCAUGGAUGGGUGGUAGCAAGAAGAAGGGUAAGGACCCUAAGGAGCCCCUGCGCAUCAUGCUCGUAGAGUCCUCGGGCACACACGACGAGGUCGCCGCUGCUCUCAUGCACGCUUUCGGUAACCAGGAGGGUUCCUCGCUCGACGUCUACUUCGCCAACCAGCGCUUCAACAUGCAGGGCAUCAUGGCCAACUUCACCCUCGCUGCCAACGUCACCGUCCACAAGUGGGACAAGUUCGCCAACGAUGUCACCGAGAACCCCCCGCACAUCCUCGUCUCUACCACCUGCGAGUUCGAUCUCGACCGUGGCACCGAUCCUAUCGUCAACCUCCUCAAGACCGCAAACACCCAUCUCUUCUGCACAAUCCACCACGCUGAUCGAUGGGCCCAGGGCAAGUACGUCCAGGCCGUCCGCAGCUGGGCAGAGCACGAGCGCGUCGAUUUUGUUGGUCUGAGUCAGCACACCCUUGACUUCUUCCUCAACGACACUAUUCCCAAGUGGCACACGGCUGCUAACCUUACCACCCGCGUCAUUCCCCCGGUGUUCCCUGUCCACAUUCCCGACCCUGAUCUCGAGCCCGGCAUUUCUCUGUCUCUUCAGGGCGACUACUCUGACGGCCGACGUGACUACAACGGUGUCUUCAACCAUCUCGGCAGCGUCAUCCGAAAAGCCAACGAGGAGUCCGAGGGUCACACACCUCAGAAUGUCAGCCUUCACCUUAUCGGACACGGCACUCAUCCCUCGGUUCCCGAUCACGUUAAGGACCACGUCUUCUUCGACGAGGGUCUUUCUUACCCCGAUUUCUACACAUUAAUGUCCAAGUCUUUCGCUGUUCUUCCGGCGUUUGCCUCUGAGACAUACUUCGACCGCAAGGCUUCUUCAACCAUUCCCGCAGCUUUGAUCGCAGGAGCCCCCAUCGUUGCGACAGAGGAGCUGCUCAAGGCUUACUCUUACAUGCCCCGGGAGGCUACCUGGGUUGCCCGACCUGGUGAGGGCGAGAUGGACGUUAUUGAGCGAGUGAUUGAUGACCGAGACGGUUUCCUUAAGCGAAGGCAGGCAGUGAGGGAUUUUACCAAGUCCCUAUUGGAACAGAACCAGGCCAACACCAAGGCCUGGAUCAACGAGGCUUUCGAAAAGUAUAACCGCAACUAAAGACACUUAGAUAUGAUUUACUGGGAUUUUUGCACUUUUUUUUUUUAUUUGUACAAUACGAGGCACCAUUUCACAUGAUCGGGAAUCAGGAUGAGCGGCUCUAUGUUUCCAGAGUUUUUUGAACCAUGCAUGAACAAACAUUCUUAAUAUACGGUUUCUUAGUACAUUGAAAAUACAAUCACGAAAUACCACUUACAUGAA